UAUGCCCAAGUAUCCCACAGCGCUUGCUGUCAUAUUUCUUUCUUAAAAAGUUUCUACAUAUACAUAAAACAAAUAACACACACAGCAAUUAUGUGUCUGCGAUUAAUCGGAAGUGCUCUCUGUUGCUGUUGCAAAUUGGGUCUCAAAUGCUUAAUAUGUUUUGCCUGUUCCGGGCUCGGUGUCCUGGCCAUAGUAGCUCUCAUCGUUUACUUUUGCUUCUUUUACAACAAAUCAGAGGUUACCACAGUAAAGCCUUCCGAUUCUGAUUCCACUACUCUGGGGGAUAUUGAAAAAUCCGUCACGAGUGCCCCAUCGCUAAUCAAAUCUUAUCUUCACCAACUAAUAGAUAGAUAUUGAUAUGUACAUUAGUGAAAUCAAUAAAACGAACUACUCCCCUUCCAAA